CAAAAUUAGGGUUCUAAUAUUGGUGUAGCAUUUUGAUUUUUCUGCAUUUUAAUGUUAUUGAAGCUUCUAUUCUUUGAUUUUAUCAUCUCUUUAUGCAGCGGAGAUUCUUGAUUUGUCUGGGAACACAGUAGGAGGAAUUAAUUUAGCUAUUUUUACUCGAAAGGUUGGAUUUUUAAAGCAAAAGGGAAGAAGAAUCCAGUGUAACAUUGCUGAGUAUGUUAGUCUUGAGCUGGAAUUAAGUUUUACAGGAAUGCGUCAGGCCUGAGGGAAGUCCCAUGUAAUGAAUAGCUUGUUUCAUGCAUGUUCUGUUGCAAUAUUGACAAGCACUACAUAUCUGCCUUGAAGAGUUCAAUUUGUCGAAUUCUGGUGAUAUCUUGGAGGAUGAGCUUUUGCACAUGCUUGAAUUAGAAAGUUGAUUUUGACUUGUUUCUGGAUAGAAUUAGCAUCUAACAAGUGUAGUGGUGAUAGUUCUCUUUCACGGAAGUUUGAUCCCAUUCCAAUAAUGAAGGAAGAGAGAGAUGGUUUCUUUGUUGUUAAGAAAGGAGAUAUUGUUGGAGUCUACAGAAACUUGGGUGACUGCCAGACUCAAGUCGGAUCCUCGAUAUGUGAUCCUCCGGUUAGUGUGUAUAAAGGCUACUCCAUGCCAAAGGACACGGAGGAAUAUCUUCUAUCUUGUGGACUUAAAAAUGCACUUUAUUCUAUCAGAGCCGCAGAUCUGACUGAAAGUCUCUUUGGGGCUCUAGUACCAUGCCCUUUUCAGCAUCAAUCUUCUUCCAAAGGUGGAGCGUCUGAGCAUACGCCGAAGAAGAGGUCUCAGGAAGCAAUGUGGUCAGAAUAUGCGGAUGCUGUUGGAUCAGCUGUUACUUCAAAUGAUUCCCUAAGAAAGCAUAUCAAGUUAGAACCUCCUAAGGGUGACCAGCAAGCUCUAUCAUCCAGUGUUUAUGCUGUUGGAAUGAAGGAAGCUGAUCGUGGUUAUCCUCAGCAGCGGUCUUGUACUCUUGAAUUUGAUGGUACUUCAAAAGGAAACCCAGGACAAGCUGGUGCAGGAGCUGUAGUACGAGCUGACGAUGGAAGUUUGAUCUGUAGGCUGCGUGAAGGUUUAGGAAUAGCAACAACCAGUGUUGCUGAAUAUCGAGGUUUUAUCUUGGGUUUGAAAUAUGCACAUAGCAAAGGGUUUACAAGUAUUCGUGCUCAGGGUGACUCUAAACUUGUUUGUAUGCAGAUCCAGGGUCUAUGGAAAGUUAAAAAUCAAAACAUCUCUACGCUAUUUCAGCAGGCAAAACAACUGAAGGAUAGGUUUUUUUCUUUCCGCAUCAUUCAUGUUCUUCGGGAAUCAAACUGUGAUGCAGAUCAGCAGGCGAACUUGGCUAUUGAACUUCCCGAUGGUCAUGUCCAGGAGGAGAUAGAGAAAUGACAAACGGGGAUGUAGACGACGACUCUAAACGUGGUGCUAACGAAGAUUUCAUCGUGCUAACCACCGAGCAUCCCGUUUGGCCUGUAAGUCGGUGGAUAGUACAAUAUGUUUUACCUGAAACUCGAAGACCGAUGAGGGAACUGAUUGAUGCAAAUCGUAUUGAGCUAUGGCACGAUAAUUUAUUUAACUUGUAUUAUUAGUAACACAAUAUGCGUGUAACAACAAAUUUCAUGCUUCUUUUGACAGAUUGUAAUAAUUUUUAGUACGAUGAGUAUUAUUACUUUACU